CUACAGCCUGCCUAUUAUCAUUACCAGCACCUAAAAGAGGAGCUUGGAGUGUGAAGAUAUGCUUUGGCUGUGAAAUCUUUGAAAAUAUGGAUACAGCGUUUGAUCUGUCGUACAGUUGAGCAAAACCAUCAGUGGCGUGAGACCGUGAAGCUCAGACGUUCUACUCCCCCUCUCCUGGAUCAACACAAACCCAUCUCUGAACACAUGGAGGGUCCUGUUCUGACAGAAAGUGAAGUUUGGAAAGUUGGCUCAGGGACCAGCACAAGUAUAAACACUGAUGACUAUUCGCCCCUUAUGAACGACAACGUAACUGAUGAAAACCCAGGGACCGCAGUCCAAAAGGAGAUCUGUGGCAGUAUCCAGGAGCAACCUGACCAAGAGGUUACAUCAGAGUCAGUAAUUCCACAUGAACAGCGAUUAGAAGAGGAUCUAUCUUCCACUCAAACAGCAGUCGAAAGUGAUGAACCACCUGCGGCAGCGUGCCAACAAGAGACGAGUGUUAACCAAGCAGAGGAACCAGCAGAUAAGAUGUGCUCGCCGUCUGGCCAACAAAACCUGGAUCAGGAGAUUACCAUAGUGGUGACCAACCAUGACUGUACUUUAGAGGAUGAGGAGGAUGAGGAGUUUGGGGAGCAGAAGACUUCCAGCUGCCCUGCUGAACCCGAGACUGUCUCUUCGGUUAAAGGUGAAGGAGUGACUGAGGAAGAGAGUCUCGAUGGUUCCAUCGUUGUGGCGAACGUGAUUGAAGUCAGUCAAGUCCAGAAGACCAGCGUCAUAAGCCACGUAUCAACUGAGCAGAAUGCCACCAAUGAAGAACCAAGAUUACCCGGAGAUUCAGGGGAUAGUAGCAACGAGACAAACUCUGUAAGCAAAAGUUUAAGCACCCCGCAGAAAACAGAUGCAAGUAGCACAGGCAUGGAAGUGAAAGUUUGCAGUCUGAAAGAUCAGCCCACAAAGCCUGAAGAUGUGGAAGUAAAACUGAAGAAACCGGAGUCCAAGGAUGCCGGACGGCCUUUGCAAGAGACACUCACCUUGACUCGGUCGCCUGGACGCACACAGACCGUGCAAACCCAGGUUAGCCUGGAGGUGAUGUACCAGUCGGUGGCCACCAGCCCCAUGACUCCUCCAGAGGGCUCCGGAGCAUUCCUUUUUCCAAGCACCUUUGGAAAACUCGCCAACAAGUGUAGUACAGAUGUGUCCCAGACCAUAGAUGCCGAGAUGCAGGUGGGCUUUCAGGUGGAAUUCCGUUCAGUCGCCACGGCUCCCAUGACCCCGAUCAUUCUGACCGCACCUGAGGCUAUUCCCGAGCCGGAACCACGGAUCGGGGUGACAACAGAAGAAGUGCCAGAACCUGUGCAGGAGGUGAGCUGGGACGAAAAGGGAAUGACUUGGGAGGUGUACGGUGCAGUGAUGGAGGUGGCAGUGCUGGGCUCGGCCAUCCAGAAGCACCUGGAGAAACAGGUAAACAAGCAGAAGAAACAGCCUGUGGCCUUGCCCACUCCUACAGAUGCUCUGCCAGCAAACCCGACUGAAACAUCUAUGUCGAUGCCUUCCAGUCCUCCCCCAACAUCAGACCUUGACGAAAGCAGUCUGGCCAAAGGACAAAGUGAAGAAAAGACGGUGAAGAGUGGCAGGCGUCGGCAGAAUCAUUUUCGCCAGUGGUUCAGGAACAUCCGGCGGCCAAGUUGUUGUUCAAGGCCACGUCAAGAUGAGGAAAACUAAUGAAGGUAAGGUGGUCCAAACCAUCGUAAUAGACAAUCUUUCCAAAUUUUGUGCACUUUGGAUGUGCACAGGAUUGGGUUUUGUUCAAUGAUAAGCCCCUUUAAGACAUUUGAAACGACUUGUAUUGACACUGCAUCACAAGAAGCCCCUAUAUAGGGGUAAUCAUCAAUUUUGGUUUGGUUUGAUACACAAAUACAGUCGUCUUGAUUUCUCCUUGCUCUUGAUUUUAAAAUGGCUCCUACCAGCUUUGUUGCUUUGAAUGUGGUUUUGCUUGCUUUUGUUGAGACCGUGCUACCCUGAUGUUGUUGUGGUCAGAGAGGAUCACUUUUAAAGUGCCCUUUUACAAUAUUUUACACUAAUAAUUUUACCUUUAAUAUUUAUAUAUUUCAAACAUGUAUAUAUGAAUUCAGCUUGUAUAUUUAAGGAACGGUAGAAUACAUUUAUAGAGUGACAGUACCAAGUACUGUGUAUUAGGCAAAAAUGGUGUUUCAGGUAACAAGUAAUAGAUGAUGUCUCUGAUUUUUUCAACAGUGAAAUAUUUGGUGUUCUUUGAGUUUUGGAUUGUUCUUUUUCUAUUGGCUUUUGUAUAACCUCGUAAAUAUUAAAUGGAUUUGUCUUGUAUUUGCAGUUCAGCUCAGCACACCCGUAACGAACACACCUUCAAGCCUUACAUUCCCUGUGAUGUUUUGUG